AUAUAUGAGUACAGUAUUUAAUUUCACAUGUGGCUGUCAUUCCAGGAAGAGGCAGAUAUGGGAAUUAUUGAGAGGAUCCAGUUGAAGAAUUUCAUGUGUCAUACCCGCCUGGACUUCCCUUUCUGCCCAAACAUCAACUUCAUCACUGGAAACAAUGGCAGUGGUAAGAGUGCCAUCCUGACAGGGCUGGUGGUGGGCCUGGGGGGAGGGGCCAAGGCCACCAGCAGAGGAACGUCUGUCAGAGGAUUCAUCAAGAAUGGAAAACAGAGUGGUGAGGUUAUUAUCAAGUUGAGAAACAGAGGUUCUGAAGCCUUUAAACAUGACCAAUAUGGAGACUCCAUCAUAAUUAAGCGAACAAUGAAAGCUGUUGGGGGAUCUGCCUACAGGCUGGAAAAUGCUGAAGGUAAACUGGUGUCCAAUAAGAAAGAGGAACUUGACCACAUCGUGGACCACUUCAACAUCCAGAUCAACAACCCAGUGGCAGUGCUGAACCAGGACACCAGCAGAAACUUUCUCCACUCCAAAAACCCCAAUGAUAAAUAUAAGUUCUUUCUGAAGGCCACCCAGUUGGAACAAAUGAAGCAAGACUACUGCAGUAUUACCGAGCAGAUGGAAAUCACCAAAGGAAUCAUCUCAACCAAAGAAACCACUGUCCCCACCCUCCACGCUGAGGUGCUGGAGUGGGAGAAGAAGUUCAAGGCCGUCCAGAACUGUGACGACCUCAGGGGAAAGAUACAGGCCUUGAAAAACGAGAUUGCCUGGGCCAUUGUUAUCGAAUGUGAGGAGGUCAGUCAGCCAUUUUGUUAA